GUAUACGUAAUGUCGCGCAGCAAACGCUCGGUGCUUAGUAGCCAAAGAACAGCCAGGCUGAACAGUUAGGUAGAGCACAUAGAGCGAAAGAGAGAAGGAAUAUCAAAGCAAGACAGAGCGAGAGGGACAGAGACAGAGAGAACGAGAGAGAUAUAUACACAUAUAGAUAUAUCUAGCGAGCGAGAGAGAGCGAGAUAGAGAGCAUGUAUCUGUUGCAAUUGCUAGCUGCUGCAUGGCUAAGCCUGACCUGGCUAAGCAGCUGCCAAGGCUUUGGCCAGUUUCACAUGAAACGCUAUCAGCUGCAACGCGGCUAUAAUCCAGACGAUUCCAGCGAGAAUGACAAUAGCGUAUUACGCUCCUACCGGCGCUGCAUGUGGGAGCAAUCGAAGUUCCUGCCGCGUCGGCUCGUCCUGCUGAGCCUCUGCUCGAAUCUGUUUUGCGAGAACAAUCAAAUCAUGCCGCGCUCCAGGUCAAUUUUCGUAGUGGAAAAAAUGUCUAGACCGAACGACUGCUUGGACAUUCUGCCGGACCAGUGCGAGCAGGGCGACGAGGAGGACCUGAUGUACAAGCCCUUUCCCGAUUGCUGUCCCGUCUACUGCAAUCUGAAGCGUCGCAUGCAGCGCUUGCGGACAAUGCACUUGCGCCAUCGCAUAUUGCGCAAUAUGCAGGACUCGGUUUCGUCCUCCUCCAGCUCCGAUGGGAAUACCCUGCUCAGCGAGAUGGGCUACAACAACUACUGAUGCUGGCCAUUGCACGUGCACUUUGUCAACUCUCUGUGUGUAGGCGCAUAAGCUGAUUGGCAAUUGUGUUGCACCGUUUCUUUUCUGAUUGGAAUGCGGCUAUUCGAGUUGGAAUUCGGGCUUGGGCUCGUUUGUCUAGACGAAGCACUUGAAGUCUGGCCAAAAGCAUAUAAGUUUACUCUACUCUAUCGAAUAUUAAAUAUCCUA